AUGGCGAUGUCAGGAACAUACGUGGCGGAGGUGCCCCUGAAGGGUUCGGCGGAGAAACACUACAAGAGGUGGAAGAGCGAAAACCACCUCUUCCCGGACGCCGUCGGCCACCACAUCCAAGGUGUCAACUUGCACCAUGGCGAUUGGGACUCUCACGGCUCCGUCAGAUCAUGGAACUACACAUGCGAUGGGAAGCAAGAGUUGUUCAAGGAGAAGAGAGAGCUUGACGACGCGAACAUGGCGGUGACGCUGAGAGGGGCGGGGGGUCACGUGAUGGACCAGCUUAAGCUGUAUGACGUCAUCUUCCAGUUCAUCCCCAAGUCCAGAGAAGGAUGCGUCUGCAAAGUCACUAUCAUAUGGGAGAAGAAAAACGAAGACUCCCCCGAACCCAUCAACUACAUGAAGUUUGUCAAGAGCUUAGCUGCUGACAUGGACGGCCACGUCCUCAAAAGCUGUGCUUAA